AGGUUAAAGUUGAACAGGAAACGGACACGGAAAUAAACCAAACUUUUCUGGUUUACACAACAAUUGAGAUUAGCCUUUAUCUGCUGUUAUUAUGUUAUUCAAGUCACUCGUAGGGAGUGCCUGCACUCUGCUUGGAGCAGCAACAGCGUUCAAAUUAGCACCGUUGGAAGUAAAGGCCCAGGCAGCUGCCCUCCUUCACAGCGCAGUGAGGAAAUCCUCUCUGGUGGAACAAGCAAGCAUGAAGAUUGAACUUCUCCCAGCUCUCAGUGACAACUACAUGUACCUCCUGAUAGAUGAGGAAUCCAAAGAAGCUGCUGUGGUUGACCCUGUGGAGCCAAUAAAGGUUAUGGAAGCUGUGAGAAAACAUGGCGUAAAACUCACAACUAUUCUGACCACUCAUCACCACUGGGAUCAUGCUAGUGGAAAUGAAAAGAUGGUUAGGUUAAUGCCAGGGCUGAGGGUCUACGGAGGAGAUAACCGAGUGGAUGCAAUUACAAAGAAAGUCUCUCAUUCCAAAAAUUUGAAAGUUGGAUCACUCAAUAUCAAAUGCCUGUUCACACCAUGUCACACAACUGGUCACAUCUGCUACUAUGUUACGAAAGAAGACAGCACAGAGCCCCCAGCUGUUUUCACGGGAGACACGCUGUUUAUGGCUGGUUGUGGUAAAUUCUUUGAGGGUACAGCAGAGCAGAUGUACAAAGCCUUGAUAGACAUUCUGGGACAACUGCCUCCAGAAACUCGUGUUUAUUGCGGUCACGAGUACACCGUCAGCAAUCUGAAGUUUGCGCGUCAUGUGGAGCCAGACAAUGAAGUCAUUCAGGAGAAGCUAGCAUGGGCAAAGGAGAAAUGCAGCAACGGGGAACCUACCGUCCCUUCUACUUUGGCGGAAGAAUUCACAUUUAACCCCUUUAUGAGAGUCAAAGAGAAGUCCGUGCAAGACCAUGUCAAGGAGACGAGCCCGAUUGAAACCAUGAGAAGUCUCCGGAAAGAAAAAGAUGGCUUCCGGGUGCCCAAGGAGUGAUUUCCAGUGUACUCGUGCUGAAUGGUUCUUUACUGCUUAAAACACUGCAAGCUGUCAAUAGUGAAGUACAGAAUAAAUAUCUACAAUUCAUCUUCAAACACUAUAAUCAUAUCUAGGACGUUCUCUCUUAGGCAAUGCACACGUAUUUUUUCAUCAUUAUAUUCAGCCCUCAUAUGGCUAGGAACUUGGUUUGUACGGAUGAAAUUGGUGCGGUAGUUUUAAGGAACAUUUAGCUUUUAAUUGAGUGCUUGAAAUGAGAAAGUUUGGUCAUGUGUAAAUCUGAGUAUAAGGGUCUAUUUAAUGUUAUUUUAUAAUAUUAAAUCAAUGUUAAAACUACAAUUGUAGUUUGUUUGUACAAAAGCGUUUCAAAUUAACAACUUAAAUAAGACCGGGAGAUGCUUGAGGAACAAAUGUUGGAAUGUGUAAAGUUUCUGUAAAUUCAUUAAAAAAUGACUUGAUUGGUAUUAAGGAAGGUUUACUUGUGACUUUUCUUUCCAUUUUGGCUUGAAAGCUAUUCUGAUUGUUCAUUAUGUAAUUUUGUCAGAAUUUAAUUUAAAGCAUUGUGAGCAAA